UCUCUCUCUUCUGUCUCAAACGCUCACCUUCCCUCCUCCCAUGCAAGAAGCUAAGAGUCAGACACUCAAGUGUUCAGUCGCGCAGUGACAGGUACACAGGAUACUGAGGUCGUGUGAGAGACUGAGCGAGAGAGGACGAGACACGGAGAAAAGAUACUGGUUGCACAGAAAUUCUUAAGGAGGGCACUGACAGCCUGCCCUAUGUGUGGCUCCUCACAAGGCUUCACAGCCUCCUCCUCUCAGUGCACCACAGGCAUGCUAACCUCAGAGAGAUCGCUGCAAAGCUCAGGGAUUAUCACAGCAGCGAUGCCAGAGUCACAGGAUGUAGACAUGACAUCAUGGAGAGAGGAACACUUUGAGGAAAAGUGCACUUAUAUUGUGAAGGACCAACCAGUUGAAGAGGAGUCUGAAAACAAGCGCUGGACGCGAGCUGAGAGAUCCUUGCCCAGGAACCUGGCCCUGAAAUGCUCCCACGACUCUGCAGAGGUGCAUGGGGUGACCGGUAAAGAGGUGAUUCCUAAGGGAACACGUUUCGGUCCUCUGGUUGGGGAAAGCUACACCAACGAAACUCUUCUGAAAGAUGCUGACAGGAAGUACUUUUGGAGGGUUUUCUCUGAAGGGCAUUUACACCACAUCCUGGACGGGUUGAAAGAGGAGCGGAGCAACUGGAUGCGUUACGUCAACCCGGCCUGCACCGUGGAGGAGCAGAACCUGGUGGCCUGCCAGAACGGUUUGGAGAUCUACUUCUACACCAUUAAACCAAUUCAGCCAGGUCAGGAGCUUCUAGUGUGGUACUGCCCUGAAUUCGCCCAACGCUGUAACUACCCUCCACUGGGACAACUGGCCAUUGACAGUAUUGAUCCGAGUCAAGCUCAGGAGAAGACAUCAGUGAAACGAGGACACAGCGUCUUUGAAAUCCUCCGAGAGGAGCCUUCCAAACCUCUGAAGACUUCUGCUACACGUGUAGACAGUCCUUUGUCUCAGACCAACCUCUCAGCAGCUUUUCCCCUGUGUCCCCGAGUGGUCUACCCAGUCCAGCCACACUCAGAAUCCAUCCAUGGCCAUAGAUAUGUCCCUCUGCAAUCUCUGCCGUCCUGUAGCCCUCCAGCUCCCAAAAGGCCAGCUCUGUGUAGUCCUUCCUCCUCCCGUUUGCACUUCAGCUUUCAGCACAGUCAGAGACCAGUCGCAGCCAAAUCUUACCAAGAGUCCUCUGUGGCUGAUCAGGUUCACCCUGCUCUGAGGCACUCUCCAUAUUUACCACCUCACUACUCACUUGGCCUUAACAGCAUCCUACCUCACUCAUACCCUCUCUACAGUGAGCGACUGAAACCCCACCUUAUACUCCCAUCUCCUUUACUGCCUUUAAAUGAUUAUGCACACUUCCUGCAUCCUGUGGCCAACAGAUACAAAGACUUGACACUUGCACUAUCCAACACCAAACAAGACCUCAUUCUUUCACCGACCAGGGAGCUCAAAGACAACAAACACCUCAUAUCCAAAAGGACAAACUACCUCAGGAUCCCCUCGGAUGACCUAAGAGAAUUUAAAUAUGCAGACCUCGCUAUGCCUGCCACAUCAAGUGCCUCAUCCAUGAUCAGCUCGCACAGUCGCAGAGCACUGCCCUCUCUUGCGCCUGGAGGGUGCUCACCACCAGUGGGCAUGGCCGCCUUUUCAGACUGCCUCCCUUCCAAGCCCACCUCUGCUACUCAGAGCAACACAGAUGAUGCCAUGGACCUCAGGAAGACCAAACACGUUGGGCAGAUGAUUGGCUACAAAACCCUGUCGUACCCCCUCGCAAGGCAAAAUGGAAAGAUCCGGUAUGAGUGCAACGUCUGCAGAAAGGUCUUUGGGCAGCUAUCCAACCUCAAGGUUCAUCUGCGAGUGCACAGCGGAGAGCGCCCCUUCAUGUGUCAGACCUGCAGUAAGAACUUUACUCAGCUGGCCCACCUGCAGAAACACCACCUGGUUCACACGGGAGAAAAGCCUCAUGAGUGCAAGGUGUGCCAUAAGCGAUUCAGUAGUACAAGUAACUUGAAGACCCACCAGAGGCUACAUUCAGGUGAAAGGCCAUACCAAUGCAAACUCUGCACAGCCCGUUUUACACAAUUCGUCCACCUUAAGCUGCACAAACGCCUCCACACCGGGGAACGACCUCACAGGUGUCCUCGCUGCCCCUGUGCCUACCUCCACCAUUGCAGCCUCCAGGUUCACCUCCAAGGCUUCUGCCCUCUGUCCCCGUCGGCUUCCCAAAGGCACACCCCGGAGGAGCUACACCGGGUCAACUCUGAGAUUGAGAGGUUUGACAUGAGUGAGACGGCAGAGCAGCUUGAGGCCAUGGCUGCAGAGGCUGAGAUGGACAAGGGGAAUGUUACUGAAUUAAUUAAGACGAUGGAGUUUCAUACGUCUGGCCACAGGGAGGGCGCCAGAGAGGAGAGCAAGCUUAGCAUGUACAAAUCAGCAAAGGCCGUACAGCUGCUGCAUCAUGGCAGCCCUCUACCUCUGCAUGCAACCAACAUCAAACUGGAGUCAGGCUGCAUAGCAGAGCCCUAAGACAGCUCUGCUAAUCCAACCAUAUAAUCCUUACAGGUCAACUCAGCAGCUGUGUGUUACUGCCCUAUUUGAAGAAGACCCUAAUCUCAAUCAUGCAUACUCUACAGAGGCUUUAACAUGUGAAGAAUCAAGACGUUACCAGCAUGGCCUGGGACCAGUGACUUGAUAGGUUUCAUUCAUACACAUUUGUUAAUUUAUUUUGUUGCUAAUAUUAAACAGAGAGAGACUGUAGACAUUUUUUUUUGUUAUUUUUUGUAUCUCUGGGAAAUCUUUAUAAACUAAACAUGAGAUAAUGCAUAAAAGUGUUUAUCGUUA